AGACCAUCGGCUGGAACUCCAUCUCUCUGUCCAUCUAUUUCUCACCGAACGAAAUAAUGGCAAGCCAGUCCCAGGGUAUUCAGCAGUUAUUGCAAGCCGAAAAACGUGCUGCGGAAAAGGUUGCAGAAGCCCGCAAACGUAAGAACAAGCGGCUGAAGCAGGCCAAGGAAGAAGCCCAGGCAGAGAUUGAGCAGUACCGUAUGCAAAGGGAGAAGGAGUUUAAAACAAAGGAAGCUGCAGCUCUAGGAUCCCAUGGUAACUCUGCUGUGGAGGUGGACAAAGAGACCGUGGGCAAGAUGGGCAGCAUUCAGACCAGUUACCAGCAGAACCGGGAAGCUGUGCUCGGAAACCUACUGAAGAUGGUUUGUGACAUUAAGCCAGAGAUUCAUGUCAAUUACCGUUUUGCUGGUUAGACCCCCCCUUACACACACACACACACCCGUCACAACCCCUUGACCUAAGGAAGCACUGAGACACACCAAUUACUGCCACCAAUUGACACAUGCUUCACAAGGACAUCCUAUGAAUGGCUUAAACAUCUUUCUGUUGUUUUGGUCCGGUGCAGUGGUUCUGUCUUAAUGGCUCAUAUUAUCAUAGAUGUUGUAUGUGUGUCUUGCUAUGCGAUGUGAUGUUUAUUUAUAUGGACAUAUUUUUCUUAUUUUAUUUGUUGUGACCAAAAUACAGUACUAUUUCCUCCACCUAAUAUAAAGGAAGGCCAAUUAAGUUGUGAAAAUCUAUUUCUUUCCUGCUGUUCUUUCUUUACCCAUUUCCUCUAAUAUAUGAAUAAGAUUGUGUGCAUAGUGGACAUUAAAUUGUAAUAAAGUGUUCUGGUGGC